UCCCUAUCUGACAUAAGCAUGGACAGCUGGCGCCGUAGCAGCAUAGUUAGCCCUGCCACACUUCCUUUCUUACAAUACCUACAUUGAAUGCUCUUCAACUCUAAAACCUCGACAAUUCAUCAUCUACAUUCUUCAGUUGCGGUACAUAUCUAGUUACCCCUAUAUAUCAUUUCUUACUAUAAACCCCACAUAUAUAAUGGGCUUACUAAAGAAUUCUUACCAUGAGCCAAAUAGUUCACUAGGGCAUGGUCGACAAGUCACCCACGUCUGAAAGCUGGCCAAUCAAAACUCAUAAGCAGGUACCUUACAUAAUCAUAAGGGGUAAAUGCGAUAUUACUACCCCCAUGUAUCUGCGACGAUUUAGGAAGCCUUAAUAUCUUAUAACAUGGCUUUGCAUUAUCCUCUAAACGGGCUUGACCUUAGCUUCAGCCGUUAUGAACAUAAACCCCUUGGUGCCCGCGGUGUGAUGGUGAAUCGAAUUAUGGAAGACUACAUGGCCCCAAGACGAGUAAAAGCCGAUGUGUACAAAAAGUCGAUACGCGGUGGCCUAUUCAGUCAAAUCAAAGCUCGAGACAGACUCUUAGGCCUUGACGUGCAAGUUUUAUCGAAAAUACUGCAGACCGAUUACAAUUGGCUGCUCAAGCCGGCAGACAUACAAAAACUAUAUGCGUCCCCUUAUAACAUAAUGAUACAAUGCUUAGAUAUCUUUAUCAUGUCAGAUGAUGGGAUUGACAUUGGCAGCGCAGUCUUGGGGCUUGUCGAACGACACUACCUCGAAUCUGGCCCUUCCAUGCGUAUUUGGCUUAGACACUUCCACUCGUACUGUUCACAUGCAGCGCCUAAACAUGGUCCGGGUUGGAAGAAAGACGUCGUUGAACAUUUACGAGAUACCCAGCCGGCCUCGGAAACGCAAUAUACACAUCAUUUAUAUUCCGGUGGUCAUUAUCUACCGAUUAAUGUCUCCCCUGAGGCCCAAUUCUGUAUAGACCCUUGUUUCACUAGUACUCUUUGGUAUACCCUUUUAAAACGCCCACUCCGCUCGCAUUCUAGCCGAGGACGCAAAGCAACCGUGAAGUCGUCCAGGAAAACGCCACUCGGAAACAUGACAAGCUUACAUCGGGGAAGGCCUCGACACUCUAACAGUGUGCCCCCAGUUGGUUCAUGGGGCACAGCAUCGAUCCAAGGCUUCAACAGCUCCAAUCUCGAAGAGAAAUUUGUCAUCCACUUCCCCCAUCGGCGUUUAUCAGAGCUCGACAAGCUUUCGCGCCGGAGGAGUCUGAGUCGAACACAUAUUCGAGAGAUGUUUACGGAUAAGCCGGAGUUGUUUUAUAAAAAGCCUGAAGGAAAGGAUGCUUCCAAAACGAUGAACCACCGGUGCGAUAAUUGCGCCCAAUAUACCCAUCAUACAAAGCACUGCCCGUCAAAGUGCGGCUUUUGUGGGUCGCCGUUCCAUAAGGCGAGCGGUUGUCAGGUCAAGUCGUCAAACCGCUGUAAGUGUCGGCCCUUCCCGCAGUAUCACAUAGCUCAAGAAUGUUACGUUCGAUGCUCUCGCGUGUGUGGUUGCCCCUACCACCCCGGCCAUUUUAAGCACCAAAACGCCAUGAUGUGCUCUUACCGUUGUUGCAUGUGCGGUAUUAAAGGCCACUCGGGGAGAAAAUGCUCUUUAAAGAAAUGUCCUUGCGGGGAGCAACAUUUGACUCAAGAUUGCCGUUGGAAGGUUGAAUGUCCUGUUAAGGGCUGUAAUUACUACCUCUGCCGCUUACAUUGCAGGGAAUGCGGGAAGAAGAAGGAAAAGGGGGCAAAAGACUGCUUUGUUAGUAGAACGUGUCAAGAUUGCUUGAAGAAUGGUCGGCCAGCCUUGGCCAAGUCUUGAUGAAACUAAAGCCUCGAAGUUUCCUGGAGGUUAUCACAAUAUCCCGAAUGUCUCAACCUUACGGAUGUGGCAAUACUUUCUUAUAGGGGUUCUGGGGGCUAGAAGGAAAUUGUUAACAUUCGGGGAUUAUGAGGCAAUAUAUAGGCACCCCUAUCUACAUAAGUGUACGCCAAAGCUCUGUUAAGGGACUGAUGGUACAAAUGUACGAGACAAAACAGGUAUAAAAUCAUGUAUCAUUCGUGCUCUAUACUCUGGAUCUGGUCUAUCAAGUCAUACGAAGCUAUACCCUAUCUCCUGAUCCCUAACUAGCGGCU